AUGAUUGAGAAUGCCGAGGAACCCACGCACGUGCACGUUAAUUUUAUUAACUUUGACUCAGGCGUCGCUGUCAACUUUGUAGACACACCUAUCAAUGAAGAAGUAAGCAGGGACAACGGUGUUGCCGUUCGCUUUGUAAAUCCAGUUAACGAGGAAAACUCUGAUGAAGGUAUCGCAGUUCGCUUCGUCGAUAACGAAGAAGAAAAUCUCGCUGACGAUGCCGGCGCCGCUGUGAAUUUCGUAGACUCACCACUUAAUGAAGAAAUACGAGCUGACGAUUCUGGCAUUGCUGUUAAAUUUGUAGAUUCUCCCGCUAACGAGGGUGAAACUGUCCGUGUCGCCGAUGUACCAAUCGAGGCUGAGGAUGGAACAGCUGUCAAAUUUGUGGAUUCUCCAAUCAAUGAGGACACAUCCGAUAAUACCAAAUCUAUUCCUAGGUACCCAACAAAAAUUUACGAUAACCCCAUGCUUCGCUAA